AUGGCUGAUUAUACAGGUGAGGUAGAGAGGGACAUUAAAGAUGCAAUUGAUAGGGAAGACGAACCUCAGCUGAGGUUGAUUCUCCAGAGAACUUCCAAGUGUCAUAAAAACACACUUGUCUGGGCAUUAAAGAAAAAUAUGAAUCUUAGUAAAGAGACAUUAGACUUAUUGUUAGAAAAGGGAGCAGAUAUUAAUGCUUUUGACAAAGACUGGACUGCAUUGAUGUUUGCUUGUCAGCUUGGCUCUCUGGAAUGUACAAAGUGGUUAAUAGAGCAUGGUGCGGAUAUAAAUGCUAAGAAAAUUAAUGGACUGACUUCAUUGAUGCUUGCUUGUUGGUCUGGCUCCCUGGAAUGUACAAAGUGGUUAAUAGAGCAUGGUGCAGAUAUGAAUGCAAAGAACAAUAAGGAUAUGACUUCAUUGAUGUUUGCUUGUUGGUCUGGCUCUCUGGAAUGUAUACAGUGGUUAACAGACCAUGGUGCAGAUGUCAAUCUCAAGGACAAUGAUGGUUGGACUGCAUUGAAGCAUAGUUGUAAUUUUGGCUCUUUGGAAUGUACACAGUGGUUAAUAGAGCAUGGUGCAGAUGUCAUUGUCAAACACAAAGAGGGCAAAACUGAACUGAUGAUUGCUAUUGGGAAGAGGUCUCUGGAAUGGAUAAAGAUGUUCACAGACCAUGGUGCAGAUGUCAAUACCAUAAGCACUGAUGGUAAAACUGCAUUGAUGCGUGCUUGUGAGUCUGGCUCUCUUGAAUAUACACAGUGGUUAACAGAGCAUGGUGCAGAUGUCAAUGCUAAGGACAAUAAUGGUUGGACUGCAUUGAUGUAUGCUUGUAAGUGUGACUCUCUGGAAUGUACAAAGUGGUUAACAGAGCAUGGUGCAGAUGUCAAUGUCAAACACAAUGAUGGCAGAACUGAACUGAUGAUUGCUAUUGAGAAGAAGAGGUCUCUGGAAUGGAUAAAGAUGUUCACAGACCAUGGUGCAGAUGUCAAUACCAUAAGCACUGCUGGUAAAACUGCAUUGAUGCGUGCUUGUGAGUCUGGCUCUCUUGAAUAUACACAGUGGUUAACAGAGCAUGGUGCAGAUGUCAAUGUUAAGGACAAUAAUGGUUGGACUGCAUUGAUGUAUGCUUGCAAGACUUGUAAGUCUGGCUCUCUAGAAUGUACAAAGUGGUUAACAGAGCAUGGUGCAGAUGUCAAUGUCAAACACAAUGAUGGCAGAACUGAACUGAUAGUUGCUAUUGAGAAGAAGAGGUCUCUGGAAUGGAUAAAGAUGUUCACAGACCAUGGUGCAGAUGUCAAUACCAUAAGCACUGAUGGUAAAACUGCAUUGAUGCGUGCUUGUGAGUCUGGCUCUCUUGAAUAUACAAAAUGGUUAACAGAGCAUGGUGCAGAUGUCAAUGCUAAGGACACUGAUGGUUGGACUGCAUUGAUGUAUGCUUGUAAUUCUGGAUCUCUGGAAUGUACACAGUGGUUAACAGAGCAUGGUGCAGAUGUCAAUGUGAAACACAAUGAUGGCAGAACUGAACUGAUGAUUGCUAUUGAAAAGAAGAGGUCUCUGGAAUGGAUAAAGAUGUUCACAGAACAUGGUGCAGAUGUCAAUACCAAAAGCACAGAUGGCCAGACUGCGUUGAUGCGUGCUUGUGAGUCUGGCUCUCUUAAAUAUACACAGUGGUUAACAGAGUAUGGAGCAGAUGUCAAUGCUAUGAACAAUGAUAGUUGGACUGCAUUGAUGUAUGCUUGUAAGUCUGGCUCUCUGGAAUGUACAAAGAUGUUAACAGAGCAUGGUGCAGAUGUCAAUGCUAAGGACAAUAAUGGUUGGACUGCAUUGAUGUAUGCUUGCAAGACUUGUAAGUCUGGCUCUCUAGAAUGUACAAAGUGGUUAACAGAGCAUGGUGCAGAUGUCAAUGUCAAACACAAUGAUGGCAGAACUGAAUUGAUGAUUGCUAUUGAGAAGAAGAGGUCUCUGGAAUGGAUAAAGAUGUUCACAGAACAUGAUGCACAUGUCAAUACCAAAAGCACAGAUGGCCAGACUGUGUUGAUGCAUGCUUGUAAGUCUGGCUCUCUUGAAUAUACAAAAUGGUUAACAGAGUAUGGAGCAGAUGUCAAUGCUAUGAACAAUGAUAGUUGGACUGCAUUGAUGUAUGCUUGUAAGUCUGGCUCUCUGGAAUGUACAAAGAUGUUAACAGAGCAUGGUGCAGAUGUCAAUGCUGCUAGUAAAUCAGGCCACACAGCACUCUCAUACAUUGAUAGAUUCACCCCUGAACAUAGAAAACAAUAUAGCCUUCUGACCAGACUAGGUGCUAAAGAUGAUGACUACAAACAUCUCAUGUCACUUAACAGCAAUGCAACUGAUGAUAAGCAACACACAGCUAAAACAAAGCUAGAUGCAAUAAAAGCUAAAUGGAAUCUGAGUUUAAAGUGUCAGGCAAGGUGGUGUCUUUAUCAAAUGAGUGUAUCAAAUGGUUUUUCAUACAGAAAUUCAAUUGAUAGGUUGAUUCAUGACAGGCAUAAACUCCCAGAAUUAGAGACAUUCCUGUUGUUUGAAAACACUGAUGACAUUUGUGAGAUGACAGCUAUACUACGAGAACUGCAUGCCAGCCAUGAGGUUGAGAGAGCACUAAUCAAAUACAGAACAGAACAAAUGAGCUCAGAAAAUAUAGCACUGAGGAAACCAUUUGAGAAACUAGAACCACAUCAACGGAAACUGCUAAAAUGGUAA